GCGCGCCUUCGACUACUGUCCACUCUACUCCACUUAUCCCCAAAUAUCGAGUCUAGUCACACGGGAUUUUUUAAAAACAAUUUUUAUAUCUAUAAUUUAGCAAGAGAUCGAAACAUAUUUUGGGUGCAAUGAGACUCUAAAAUUACGUAAACUAUUGCAGAUUUCUCAGUGGUUAUGCGACUGAUUAACUUGGAAAGGGCGUGUCUCCUGGUGACAGCGAUCUACGGAUUGGUUAAUGCUGAUACAUUUACAUUGGGAUAUAUCACUGGGUCGAAACGACGAAUGGGGGAUCUAGAGUAUCAGAGACCUGGAUACAGGAUUUCGGGGGCUAUAAAUCUUGCUGUCGAAGAGGUAAAUGCUGGUGAGCUCAAACAACUGGGCCACAAACUCGACUUUAUAGUCGCUGAGACAUACGGUGAGGAGGACACCAGCAUUUUGGUAACUGCUGAUCUCUGGACAAGAAACGUCAGUGGUUACAUUGGACCCCAAGAAACGUGCGUUCACGAGGGCAAAAUGGCAGCUGCAUUUAAUUUACCUAUGAUUUCUUACUUUUGCACACAUCACGAAACAUCGAACAACGCGGAGUUUCCAACAUUCGCCAGGACACGUCCACCAGAUACCCAGAUAUCAAAAUCCGUUGUUGCGGUACUUUUGAAAUUCAACUGGACAAAAGUCACCUUUAUGUACAUGAACUCGACACUAUUUGAAUUCAACAACAAGAUGUCAAGUGUUGCUGGCACAAUUAUCCGAUCAUUCCGCUCCUCUGGGAUAUCUGUCACCUACGAGAGAUGUUGGACCGAGCCCUACCUUGUAACCCACAUGAAUAAUCCAUUUCAUCAUCUCGUGGAGACGUCAUACCGAGAGACUCGAAUUUAUGUUAUACUCGGUAACUAUGACGAGCACAUGGGACUACUGAUGGCACUUGAUGAGAAAAAAUUACUGGAUAAUGGUGAAUAUUGGGUGGUCGGCGUAGACAUAGAGCAAUACGAUGAACACCAGCCCUCGAAAUACCUCCGUGGGCUUCUCCAGGAGCACACAACACCCUCACUCCUUCGUGCACAUCGCAGCUACUUCAGUAUCGUCGCGUCCCCUCCCAGGAUCUCCAAGAAUUUCACAAGAAUUAUAAACGAAUACCGAGGAAAGCCUCCAUUCAACUUCACAAAUCCCCUUGCUACCCUCGGGGGUCUAGUCAAGAUCGUACCAGAGACGGCUUACCUCUAUGAUGCUGUACAUCUCUACGCCAGAGCUUUAGCUAGUGCCUUGAGAAAGGGACGAGACCCCAGGGAUGGAAGGAAAAUGGUGGAGAUGUUACAUGGGGUUCACUAUCGUAGUGCUAUGGGAUACAUGGUGUACAUGGAUGAGAACGGUGAUGCAGAGGGAAACUAUACGCUCAUUGCCCUCGAGGAUAAUCCCGAGGAAGGUCACGGUCUCUACCCAAUAGGGCACUUUGUCGGUAAAGAGGAAUCGUCCAAUUUGCCGAAGUUACGUCUUACGAGGGACAUAACUUGGAUCACUGGGGCUCCACCCGUGGCCGAACCAUUUUGCGGAUAUCAUGGGGAAAAAUGUUAUUCGCACACUGGGGAGAUUGUCGGGGGAAUUGCCGGUGGAAUAUUCCUAAUUCUCCUAACAAUUGUCCUGGUACUGUACAGAAAUUGGAGGUACGAACAGGAGUUGGAUUCACUGCUCUGGAAGGUCAAUUACAAGGAUAUCCAGAUCAGAGAGACUAAAGAGGAGGGAGGAGUUGUCGAACCCACCCACAAGCCUAACAUCAAGCCAGUAGUGAGAACCAGUCAAGUGUCUCUAAGUUCAAAUCCUGAUGCUGACUUUCGAUACUCCAUGAUCUACACACAAAUUGGAUUCUACCGGGGUCGAAUGUUCGCCAUAAAAAAAGUCAGAAAAAAAUCUAUCGAAAUCACAAGAGAGAUGAAGAAGGAGUUAAAAGUGAUGAGAGAUUUACGACACGAUAAUCUUAACGCCUUCAUCGGUGCCUGCACAGACCCACCAAAUAUCUGCAUCAUUGUGGAAUACUGCGCUAGGGGAAGUCUCAAAGACAUCAUCGAAAACGACGACAUGAAGCUAGAUAACAUGUUCAUGGCGUCCUUAGUUGGUGAUAUCAUCAGAGGAAUGAUGUUUCUGCACGAAUCGGUGGUAAGGUACCAUGGAAAUCUCACAACAUCUAACUGUCUAGUGGAUUCAAGAUGGGUUGUCAAGAUCGCUGACUUUGGAUUACGGGAGUUCAAGAGGGACGCUGACUGUGAGCCCCAGGAUGUUAUGAGAAAGUACCAAAGUCUGCUGUACCGCGCGCCGGAGCUUCUCCGUUCUCGUAUAUCUCCUCCGCUAACCCGAGACUACCAGAAAGGUGAUAUCUACUCAUUCUCGAUAGUUCUCUACGAGCUCCACGGUCGGCAAGGUCCCUUCGGCCCAAUAUCAUCAACCCCAGCGCACCUGCUCACCCAACUGUGCAAUCCCAUUCCCUCUAGCAUCCCCCUGCGUCCCUCCCUCGAGCAUCUGGAGAACUGUUUUGAUUUCGUUCGCGAUUGUCUCGAGGAAUGUUGGUCUGAAGAUCCAGAGCUUCGUCCCGAUUUCAAAGCCGUUCGAAACAAACUUCGACCACUUCGAAAAGGUAUGAAACCCAAUAUCUUUGAUAACAUGAUGGCAAUGAUGGAGAAGUAUGCCAAUAACUUGGAGGCACUUGUCGACGAAAGGACAGAUCAGCUGACUGAGGAGAAAAAGAAAACGGAUGCACUUCUGUACGAAAUGCUCCCUAAAUAUGUCGCUGAACAGUUGAAAAAGGGUCACAAAGUUCAGGCAGAGGGAUUUGAUUGUGUGACGAUAUAUUUCUCAGAUAUUGUCGGCUUCACCCAGAUGUCGGCAGAAAGUACACCUCUAGAGGUCGUUGAUUUUUUAAAUGAUCUCUACACAUGCUUCGAUGCCACCAUUGAAAAUUAUGAUGUAUACAAGGUGGAGACAAUUGGUGAUGCUUACAUGGUUGUCAGUGGUCUGCCAAUAAGAAAUGGCAUCCAACAUGCUGGAGAAAUUGCCAGCAUGUCUCUGUGCCUUUUAGAAAAAAUCAAAGAAUUCAGUAUUAGACAUCGACCUUUCGAUAAACUUCAGCUGAGAAUUGGAAUACAUUCUGGUCCAGUUUGUGCUGGGGUGGUGGGCCUGAAGAUGCCGAGGUACUGUCUCUUCGGUGAUACAGUUAAUACGGCUAGUCGAAUGGAGUCAAUGGGACAACCACUGAGAAUUCAUUGUAGCAAAGAGACGAAACAUCUUCUGGAUAGGAUUGGGGGAUUUCACCUGGAGGAACGAGGAUUGAUCGAGAUGAAGGGAAAAGGGGAGCGGAUAACCUAUUGGCUAUAUGGUGAAGAGCCUGGGAGAAAGGAAGGAAAGAGACAGCAUUUGGAUCAAAUUUUGGUCCCCAAAAGUUCCCUGAAGAAUAAAGCCAUCAGGAUGAGCUUUCUCCGAUGUUCAAGUGAGUCACCCAAAAGAUUGAGAUUCGCCAGUUCUGAUCAGCUCGAUCAGAGUAAGGGAAAGAUCGUGAAUUUUGGCGAGUGGAGUCCCUGCAAAGGGUGUAUGGAUGGCUCCAGGUCCUCCAGCAGUUCCUGUCCUUGUGUGGAAAAAUUGGAAUUUGGGGAAAAUUGUUUUGAUCGAACUAAUGGAGCACCGGAAAUAUGUAAAUCCGUUCCGGGGAGUCCUAGGUAUGUGGUGAAGGGUGUGGGAAGAUUCUGCGAAGUAUUGGCGGCAGAAGCUACACCUCUGAUAUAAUAUAAUUAAUGAAAAAAUAAAGUCCAACAGACUGGGAAAAUUACAGGUACCACUGCCUAAUGGACAAAAUCUAUCAAUUCAGUAUUAGACAUGAAGCUUUCGAAAUCCUGUACGGGUUUGACUGAAUGGAGAAGACCCUUGACAAAAGACAGGAGACAGCUAGUCAUAGACAGUUAUCAUGACCAAGUUGAACUGUCAUGGGUGGUAAUUUUGGGGAGUAAAAUCCUCGUAAAGGGCACAUGAAGGCUUCCAAAGAAUAAGCUACACUACGAAAAUAAAAUGGCCCAAGUGCUUACAUCGACCCUAGUAUUGCAACAAGUAUUAAAAUCAUGACAAUGCACUUUAAUCAAAGUGAUUUUCUAGUGUAGUAAUGAUUUUUGAUAAUUUUUUGAGGCUAAGAGGAGCGACAAUCAAGGAAGGCUCGUGUUUUAUGGAGCAAUUUUUCUAGUCAUUACUCUAAAUACAUUCAGUAUAAUAAUUUUCAUUGUAAAAUAUCGUAAGAUAUACUAUUGUGAGUAUCCUCUUAUGUCAAUGUGAAAACAUUAAGUUAAAAAUAACAUCGCUGGUACUCAUAAAUGUUUAUUAACACGUCCAUCAACAAUUAAUUACCAGUAUUGAGAAAAACGAUAAAAGUGUGAUUGAUGUCAAGAUCAAGGCCCCUCCCAAUGGUUGAACGGGAUAUCAACGUACUUAUCGCUUAAUCGUUGUUAAUUAUCAAAUUAGAUAGAAAUCUCGAGUGUGAAGUGAUUGGAAUCUAUGGAGUGUUUUAAAAAAAUUCAUUCAACAAUUUUUCUCAGUAUAAACUCUACAUUCCAUCGUAGUAAAACAAACACCGUGAAUUGUACACAUUUUUAUUCAAUAAAUUACGAUGAAUGUCAGUGGAAUUACUAAUGAUUUUUCAUAUUUUUUUACAUUACAUCGAAUGA